CGUCCGUCCCUUCUAAAUACCAUCUCUCUUUGAAUCUCAUCAAACAAAGAACAGAUAAGGAAAAAUGAUGCUGUAUGAAGCAGCAGCAGCAUCUGUUAAACCGACUGCUACAAUUUCUCAGUAUCCUAACCUAAAACCACUCAUCCCCUCUAAACCAACUACUCAACUAAAACCAGUAAGAAGAAGAAGCCAAUCAUUUCUUCAUUCUCCUAUUCUUAUUUUCAGAACAUCAGCUUCUUUAGGGUUUAAGACCAACAACAAUAAUCACUUAUCACAAUAUCAUAAUAAACCCACUAAUUAUUUGAAAUCUUCUACUAGAAUUUAUUCAACUUCUUCCACUUAUACUUCUGAUUUAGUUUCAGAAAAUGCAGAGGAAAAUGAAGAAAAGGAAGAAGAAGAAGAUAUUGUAUCCGCUCAAAUCUUCGAGAAGCUAAAAACCGCAGAGAAGGAACGCAUAAAUAAGUUGGAACAAUUCCAGAACAAGGCAAAUAUGCAGUUAGAGAGGCAGCUUGUAAUGGCUUCAUGUUGGAGUAGAGCGUUGUUGACUAUGAGAGGGAAGUUGAAUGGAACAGAAUGGGAUCCUGAGAAUUCACACCGGAUAGAUUACAGUGAAUUUUGGGGACUUCUUAAUUCGAACAACGUGCAGUUUAUGGAAUACUCAAAUUUUGGUCAGACAAUUUCAGUUAUUCUACCGUACUACAAAGAUGAAAAAAUAGAGGGCCCGGCAAGGAAUUCUCAGCAAAAUAUUGUUUUCCGGCGUCAUGUGGUUGAUCGUAUGCCAAUCGAUUGCUGGAAUGAUGUUUGGCAGAAGUUGCAUCAGCAACUAGUAAAUGUCGAUGUUCUUAAUGUGGAUACAGUACCUGCAGAAGUGUACUCCACAGCUGCAACUGCGGUUAUAUGGUCUAUGCGCUUUGCCCUCGCUGUUGGUUUAUAUCUGUGGAUUGACAGUAUAGCAAGACCCAUCUAUGCGAAGUUAAUUCCUUGUGAUUUAGGAACUCCCACAAAAAAGAGCGUGCAGCCUCUCAGACGUCGUGCACUUCAAAGCGGAGGUCCACUUGGAUCCCUUGGCAAGAGUCGGGCAAAGUUCAUAUCAGCAGAAGAAACUACAGGUGUCACAUUUGAUGAUUUUGCGGGCCAGGAAUAUAUUAAGAGGGAGCUACAAGAAAUUGUCAGAAUACUAAAGAAUGAUGAGGAAUUUCAAAGUAAAGGCAUAUACUGCCCAAAAGGUGUACUUCUUCAUGGGCCGCCUGGUACUGGUAAAACACUUUUGGCCAAGGCAAUAGCUGGUGAAGCAGGUGUUCCUUUCUUUGCAGCAACUGGAACAGAUUUUGUAGAGAUGUUUGUAGGUGUUGCAGCAUCUCGUGUUAAGGACCUUUUUGCGAGUGCGAGAUCCUUUGCACCUUCGAUUAUCUUUAUUGAUGAGAUAGAUGCUAUUGGUAGCAAGCGUGGUGGACCUGAUCUCGGAGGGGGAGGCGCAGAGAGAGAACAAGGCCUGCUUCAGAUACUAACAGAAAUGGAUGGAUUUAAAGUUUCAACGUCACAGGUGUUGGUUAUAGGUGCAACAAACAGGUUAGAUAUUCUUGAUCCUGCUCUUUUGCGGAAAGGACGUUUCGACAAGAUUAUCAGGGUUGGUUUGCCAUCUAAAGAUGGGAGAUUAGCCAUAUUACAGGUGCAUGCGAAGAAUAAGUUUUUCAGGUCAGAGGAAGAAAAAAAUAGUCUCCUUCAGGAAAUCGCAGAGAACUCGGUAGAUUUCACUGGAGCAGAGCUGCAAAAUGUACUGAAUGAAGCUGGAAUCCUCACCGCUAGAAAGGAUUUAGACUACAUUGGACGUGAGGAAUUGUUAGAGGCCCUAAAGAGACAAAAAGGGACCUUUGAAACAGGUCAAGAAGAUAGCACUGAAAUUCCAGAAGAGUUAAAGUUGAGGUUGGCAUACAGGGAGGCGGCUGUUGCUGUUCUUGCAUGCUACUACCCAAAUCCCUACCGUCCUUUCACCGAGACUGAUAUUCGUUCAAUUCGCAGCCGACCAAAUCUACGCUAUGCUGAAAUAUCUGGAAAAGUAUUUUCAAAGAAGUCAGAUUUUGUGAACUCCAUAGUUCAUGCAUGUGCACCCCGAGUCGUCGAGGAGGAGAUGUUUGGGAUAGACAACUUGUGUUGGAUAUCUGCGAAGGCUACAUCUGAAGCUUCCAGACGUGCAGAAUUUUUAAUUCUACAAACAGGGAUGACAGCGUUCGGGAAAACAUUUUAUAGGAAUCAGAGUGAUCUUGUACCAAAUCUUGCAGCAAAACUAGAAGCACUUCGUGAUGAAUAUUUGCGGUUUGCAGUGGAGAAAUGUUCAUCUGUGCUCAACGAGUACCAUUCUGCUGUGGAGACGAUUACAGAUAUAUUACUCGAGAAAGGGGAGAUCAAAGCAGAGGAGAUUUGGGACAUAUACAAAAAAGCACCACGGAUACCUCAGCCACCCGUCCCUCCGGUAGAUGAGUAUGGGUCACUUAUUCAUGCGGGAAGAUGGGGAAUUCAUGGAAUUUCACUACCAGGGAGGGUUACAUUUGCUCCUGGAAAUGUAGGAUUUGCAACAUUUGGUGCGCCUCGUCCAUUGGAGACUCAAAUAAUAAGUGAUGAUACUUGGAAGUUGGUAGAUGGCAUAUGGGACAAAAGGAUCGAGGAGAUUAAAAAUGAAGUUUCUAUAGAGAUCAAAGAAGAUACAAAGAGACUGCAGCUUUUAAUGGCUGGUCACUUCCUUUGAGACCUUAGCAUACACAGAGCCGGUGCUGAGUGUGCGACGCACAAAGCCCGACUCAGGGGAAAGCCACGUUCUUACUUAUUAUUAGGGCCUUUUCUCCAAGCCCAAACGCUUUUUACUGUAUCCGUUUAGGGCUUUUUUUUGUGUGUAGGAAAAAUAUAAAUUUACUAUGAGGUUUUUCGGGGAAUCCUGUUUUAGGGCAUACUGAAUAAGGAUAAAAAUGGAUUGCAGAUAGUAAAUUCAAAAUCCCCUUAACCAAAUAUUUUUUGUAAUGACAAAUCCGUCCUAUCAGUGUUAGUGUUAAUAACAAUGAUUAGUUGUUAAUAGUCUUAA